UGAUCAAGAAUAACAAACUAUUAUCCAACACAAAAUGUUUACUAAGGUUUGUAUUUUCGCCGCCAUUGUUGCUUGUGCGUUAGCAUUACCGCACGCAACUUCUUAUGCUUCGGUAACUCAACAUCACGACAAUCACCAUGGUUAUUAUGAGCCACAUUAUGCUUCAUCAUAUUCUGGAUAUGGCAAUGGAUAUGGCCUAGGCCUUGGUGAUGUUUAUGGUGGAGACGAUGGACACUAUGCUAAGUAUUAUCAUCAUGAUGACCACGAGGACUAUCAUCAUCAUCCGGAAUACGUUUUCAAAUAUGGUGUUGAAGAUCCUCAUACACAUGAUAUCAAAUCUCAAGAAGAACAUCGUGAUGGCGAUGUUGUCAAGGGACAUUACAAGCUGGUUCAGCCUGAUGGUCGUAUUCGCAUUGUGCACUACACCGCUGAUGACCACAAUGGUUUCAAUGCUGAUGUGCAAUAUUCUGGACAUGCCGAACAUCCAACUUAUUAUAAAUAUUAUUAAUUGAUAUUCAGUGAUAUAUUAUGUAUUUAUCUGUAUAAAGCUGGUUGUGACAAAACGCGAAAGUUCUAGGCCUUAUAAAUAUAUUUAUUUUUGAAAUGGAAA